AAAGAGAAAGUAAAAAAAAAAAAAAAUCAAGAAAAAGUAAUCAAGCAAGAAAAUGAAAAUUGUUUCCUCAGAAACUGAAAGUGUUUCAGCCAAUAGAGAGAGAAUGAUAAUAAGAGAGCUUGUUCAGGGUCAAGAAGCUGCUACACAACUCAAGGUUCUUCUUCAGAAACCCUUUGGGAGUGAAGGGUAUCUGUCAUCUGAGGAGCUUUUGGCCAAUGUACUCAGAUCUUUCAAUGAGGUCAUUUCUAUCAUAACUUCUUCUUCUUCAGAACUUGGUUCUGCAGGUGGGGUGGCUCACCGGAAUCUUCUCAGUUCCGGCGAAAAUGGGUCCCAGGUGGCCGGUUCCGGAUAUGAUCCAACAUGUGAAGAUUCUAGUGAGAGUAGGAAGAGAUCCCAAAAGGGUGGAAGAGGUUGCUACAAAAGAAGGAAGAGAGCACAGACAUGGACCAUAGUCUCCUACAACACUGAUGAUAAUUAUGUAUGGAGGAAGUAUGGACAGAAGGAAAUCAUGAAUUCUGAAUUCCCUAGGAGCUACUUCAGGUGCAGUCACAAGUAUGAUGAAGAUUGUCGAGCAACCAAACAAGUGCAAAGGGAUCAAGAAAAUCCUGAUAUGUAUCGAACUACAUACAUUGGCUGUCACACAUGCAAUGCCACUCCAAAGGCUACAAAUUCGAUUACAGAUUCAACAACUUGGGAAUCAUAUCUUCUUAAAUCUGAUCCUAACAAGAAGGUGCCAAAUGAUCAUGAUCACCACAAUAUUAGCGCACCAAGCCUAACUAUAAAACAAGAAUUACCCAAAGAGGACACACCAGGUGAUGUUAAAGAUCAGAAGCUGGAUCAUAGCCUGUGGUCUGAGUUGAAAGAUUUUGAACCAUACAAGCCUGCCAUUAAUGUGCCCUUAAAGAUGGUGUCUGAUAAUGGUGCACGUAACUCUCAAUGCUUGGACAUGGAUUUUGGGGUGGAGUCUGUUCAUUUUGGCUCUGACUUCCACUUUGAUGAAAGCCACUUUGAUUAGUUUCCUAAGAUUAAUUGUUGGGAUUAGGUUUUGAAUAAGAAAAAUGUUAAUUAAGUGUCUUUAUAUACUUGUUAAGGAUUUAAAAAAAUAUUAAAAAGUGUUAUUCAUGUACUUUGAUUAUUAGUUUCUUUAAUGUAUUUCUCUUGUGAUUUUGAAUAAAAAAUUUAUUUCUAUUAAUUU